CCAAGUCGUACGCUCAAUUUCUGCACAAUGGCUCGUACCAAGCAAACCGCCCGCAAGUCCACCGGAGGCAAGGCCCCGCGUAAACAACUCGCCACCAAGGCUGCGCGCAAGAGCGCGCCAGCAACCGGAGGAGUCAAGAAGCCACAUCGCUACAGGCCCGGCACCGUCGCUCUUCGUGAAAUCAGACGUUACCAGAAGAGCACCGAGCUUCUCAUCCGCAAACUGCCCUUCCAGCGUUUGGUCCGUGAAAUCGCUCAAGAUUUCAAGACCGACUUGCGUUUCCAGAGCUCUGCUGUCAUGGCCUUGCAAGAAGCUAGCGAGGCUUAUCUGGUCGGUCUUUUCGAAGAUACCAACUUGUGCGCUAUCCACGCCAAGCGUGUCACCAUCAUGCCCAAGGACAUCCAGUUGGCUCGUCGCAUUCGUGGAGAACGCGCCUAAGCUACCACUUCACAACUAUAUAAUCAGUCCUUUUCAGGACUAACAAAUUUUAAAACGUUUGUCAAA